UUGGAAAAAACUUUUUUGAAACAAACAGGUUACUUUUCAUUCAAUGGUAUACCAUUUGCAGAACCACCUUUGGGUGAACUGCGUUUCCAGCCACCCGUCCCUCAUAGAGGUUGGAGAGGAGUUUAUGAGGCAUAUAAUAAAAAACAAACAUGCAUUCAAUUCAAUUCAAGACUGAGAAUGGAUGACAACUACGGCCUAUCUGGUUCUGAGGACUGUCUUUAUUUAAGUGUAUUUACACCAAAUGUUAAAGGUUCUGCCCCAGUUAUAGUCUUUGACUACAAUGACAAUUUCAGAACCGGUUUUAAUACUACAGAUACCUAUGGACCCGAUUUUUUCAUUGAAGAGAAUGUAGUAGUUGUUCAUAUAAAUCACAGACUUGGAGUUUUAGGUUAUUUGACAACAGAGGACGAUGUUAUUCCCGCUAACGCUGGCAUUAAAGAUUUUAUAAUGGGAUUAAAAUGGGUUAGAGAUAAUAUAAGCCGGUUAGGCGGAGAUCCGAAACGUGUGACUCUGAUGGGUAAUAGAGGUGGUUCAGUCUUAAUUGAUAUUUUAUUAAGAACAGAAAAAGCGAAGAACCUUUUCAGCGCUGCCAUAUUACAAAGUGGGACGGCUUUAGAAAGUGUUUUCUUUCAUAAAAACCCAAGAGAGAAAGCUUUUAAACUUGGCGAAGCACUGAAUAUUAAGACUAAUGAUAGCUUAAGAUUACUAGAAGAUUUACAACAGUUGAAUGUAAGUGUGUUGUAUGAUAAAGAAUCGGCAGUUGUUGAUCACGACCAAGUGGACAAAAUACAAAUGAGUAUUCAUCCUUUCGCACCCACUGUAGAACUUGUCAGUUCGGAUGCAAUCAUAACAUCGCUACCAGAAGAUAGCAAAUACUUUAAUGAUGUCCCAGUUAUAAUAGGAAUGAACUCCAGGGAAGGAUUAGACUUAGCGUCCCAUUUCAUCAUGGAACCUAGACUUCUAAAAGAUAUAAGCUAUGACUUAUUAUUUUUAUUUCCAAUCAGAACAAAUUUCAGAUUUGAUAGAGAUAGCGAUGAACAUAAGGAAGCGGCGAAAGAAAUAUUGGACUUUUAUUUCGAAAAGGGUUAUUUUAAUUACGAAAAUAUAUUAGAAUAUGUCGUAUACUCCGGUGAUAUGGUACAACAAUAUGCUCUGAAUAAAGCUGCCAAGGAACUAUCAAGAAAGUUGGAAUCAUCCGUUUUUUACUACCUAUUCGAUUUCAGGGGCUCUAUAAAUGAAAAUAGUAAUUUUAUAGCUUCCAGAUCAAGAUUCAGUAUAGAACAUUGGGGAGCUACUAUCGCCGACGAAUUAUGUUAUUUACAUCUUUGCAAUCGCAUAAGAAAUAAUUAUGUAGAACUCUCAAAACUCGUGAGUGAUCAACCAGAGUUCAAAGUUUUAAGGAAAAUGGUGCGGCUUUGGGCGAAUUUCGCUAGAACGAGGGAUCCGACCCCUUCAAGCGGGGACGACGUCCUAGGAGAUUUUAAAUGGCGGCCCAUCGCUAAAGAGAAUAAUGAAACAAAUUACCUCCAUAUAACAAAAUCGCUUAAUAUUAAAUCCAAUCCCUUGGGCGAGAGAGAAAAGUUCUGGGAUAGAUUUAUAGCUAAGUAUUCGAGUUUAGCGGUCGAUGGUCUGGUGCAGAAAAAGGAGAAUCGAGACGAGCUUUAA